AUGGGUUACUUUCUUGUUGGCUAUUUCCAAUCCCUCCUUGGAUUACUUCUAUGGACAAAUAUUGUAUUAGGUGCACAACUUUAUGGGAGAAAUAUCACGAAAACGGGAGUUACAUGUGAUAUUAUACAGGUGUUACCUGAAUCUGGAGAAGCAUACAUUUCAAUUAAGGGAAUUACAAAUUAUGAUUUAGUAGACUUACCAGUCUUGAUAUUAAAGUCAUCUGAUUUUAUUAACUUCACUAAUAUCUUAAACGAUACUUACUAUAAUGAUUUAUUCACACAUAAUAGAACCGUUUUGUAUGACCAAGUCCUCGAUUACGGUAAUAAUAUAUUCAAUUUAUCUGUGGCAAAUGGUUUCCAGUUUUAUGAAACAAACGUUUAUAACGGACUAUUAAGUUUGGGGAAAGUGGUCGCUAUUCAGAAUGAAAUUCAGUUCCCAGUUCAAAGAACAGGAACUUAUUGUAUUUUCAUAGCACCUCCUGUUGAUGUUUCGCUUAAUGAUUUAUCUCUUUCAACUUCUUUCAUUAGUUCAUAUGGACACUUAGAAUAUUCAGAUUAUUUGUUAACUAAGCGAUUAAUUAAAACAUAUCCCGUAGGAUCAAUUGGUGAUACAGCAAAAGCAUUUAGUCGGUCAAUUUGUAUUCUAUUUAUUCUGCCUCUUGUUAGGCCCUUGGUGUUUGUUUUAGUUAUGAUUUAUGUUAUCGUGGAUAUGAUUCUUACCUUAAAGCAUUCAAAAGGACAUUUAUCCUAUGAUCUUGAAACUGAUUUUAUAAAUAAAUUUAUAAAUUCCAUAUUAUGGCAGGGUCAUAUAAAGAACAUUAAUGCAGAACUCGACAAUACUAAAAUUAAUUCCAUUAAUACCAAUAAGUCUACAUCAUCCCCAUUAAGAUUAUAUAAAAAUUAUAAUAAAUCACCAAGUCCAAGUACAAAAACUUCAUUAACUGGAUCUCCCAUUAGGAAAAUGGUAGAUAGUGAUGAGUUCCGACAAUUACAAAGUGAAUACAGCAAAUUGGAACGUCAAUUUGCUGAUAUUGUCCUUAAAAAUAAUAGUGUACAAAAUGAUUUCCUUCAAUUAGAAUCAGAAUUAAACUCAAAGAGUAUAACACUACAAGAACAAAAUGAUAAAUUAAAAGAAUAUGAAUCAUAUAUAAAGACCAUCCAAUCAGAUCAUGGGAAAGAUCAUGAUUUCUUACAACAAGAAAUUCAAUUCUAUAAACAAUAUAUUGAAGAAUUACAAACUAAACUAUCAACAACUUUAACUGAUUUAAAAAAAUCUCAGGAUGAUUCAUCUUCAACAACAACUCUAACAACUACUCCUAUAGCAGAUCAAUCAUUUGAGAAAUUACAACGAGAUUUCCGAGUCUUGGAAAGUAAUUAUGAAGUAGAAAAGAAUUCUAAAUUGGUUUUAAUGGAUCAAAUAGAAUUCUUAACUAAAGAAAAUGAAUUACUUAAUAAUCAAUUGGCUCAAACUGAGCAAGUAUUUGAAAAUUCAAUAUUAAUUCAUGAAAAUAGUGAAAUUAGUCAAAUUGUAAAUACUAUUCAUACGAUGCAUGAGUUAACAUCAGAUGAUGAUGAUGAUGAGCUUGAUGAUGAAGAUUAUGUAGAAGAUGUUAAUAAUGACAGUAUUUUGUUUCAAUCUAAUAUCAACUACAAUAACGAUAGCAAUAAUAAUAAUGAAACUUACGAUAAACCCCUACCAUUUGAAGACUUAAACGGUCUCUAUUUGGCCGAUGAAAUACAACAUUCAUCACCAAUUAAACAGCAACAACAAGAAUUUAAUAGUGAGGAAUCAAUUGAAGUAUCUCAACAAUUUCAAUUCCCAUUACCUCCAUCAAAUUCGGUAUUUCCGCCUUCUCCUGAUCCUCAAUCAAAAGAUAAGAAAAGGCAAUCUUUACCAUCAAAAUUAAAGACAGCUUCACCUGUUUUAAAUAAUAAUGAAUUUGUAUUAUCUCCUUUAAAGCUUGCCAAUAGUUCUUUACUUGCAUCAAAUAAUUCUGAAAAUAAUAAUAAUGGACAGAGACCAAAAUCUCCUACCAUUAAACGUUAUUCUACAUCCAAACCUCAUCAUACUCGGUAUAAUAGUCAUGAUAUAGUACCCAUAAAAGUUGAAUUUGAACAACAACCUUCACUUGAAUCUCAAUUAAGAAGUGCGACUGUUCCAGAACAUGGUCAUACAUUCAAUACAAGUACCUUGAUGGAACAAGAUCAAAGUAGAGAAAGUGCAUUGUCAGCAUUAAAUGGGAAUACAUCUGGAUUCGAAUCCAAAAGACAUUCAAUAAUGACUAAUUCAUCAUCAAAACGUUCAUCAUUAAUAAUGUUGGAUAAUUUCACAAGUGAUAUGACCAAACAAGAAAUAAUGAAAUUAAAAUUCGAAUUACAAUCCUUGAAAUUACAUAAUGAGAAAUUACUUUCAUAUAUUGGAUUUGAAUUACAAAAACAAAAGAAGAAUAUUAAGAAAUUAACCAAGAAACAAAGUGCAAUGUCUUUAAGAAAUAAAGCUAUUGAAUAUUCUGAUGCUAAAUUAAUCGAAAGAUCUCGAGAAUUAUUAAUUCAAAAGAAGCGAGUAUUAAGAUCAGUAUCCAUUAAUGCCAUUCUAUCAAAAAACUAUGGUAAUUUGAACAAAGAAGAGGCUAAGAAUAAUGGAAAGAUUGGAUCUGGUUCUAAGCAUGUUAAUGGCAUGACUGGGGAUAGGAUUCAUGAAGGAGUUAUUGGUAUUGGAAUGGUUCCAUUAUCAAAACAAUUAUUUAAUAUUUAUGAGAAUAAUAAUGAAAAUGAUUUUGAUGUUAGCAUUAAUGAAGAUGAUUAUGGAUUUCUUACACAUAAUGAAAGAUAUGGAACUAGGAUAUUUUCUAAUGGAUUGAAUACUUAUUUAAACUUUGAAGACAUUAAUGAUAUUGAUGAUGGUGAUGAAAAAGAUAAUGCGGGUUCAAAUGAUCAUCCAAAUUCUAAAAAUUUAAGGAAACAUACCUCGCAAGUGUUUGAAAAGAAGAGAUAUUCUUCAUCUACAUUAAGUGAAGAUGAUGAUGAAGAUGAUGAAGAUUAUGAUAAUGAGGAUGGGGAUGGGGAUGGGGAUGAUGACAUAGUCAAGGAAGAGGAAUAUUCAUCAGAAGAAGAACUUUUAACAGGGAUGUUUAAUCAUGUUAAGUAUUUAGUGUUGGGAGCUAAUUCGGUUAAGAAGAGAAGAAAGAAGAAAGAUCUGUUGGUAGAUGAUGGUCUAAAGUAUAAAUUUGUUACUAUUGCUCUUGGAAUUAUACUAAUUGCCGUUAAAUUCUCUCAUCAACAGCAUUAUGCAAUUACUACUACAAGUAAUUCAUAA